AUGGACCCUUAUCAGUUAACGGCAACCCAAGCUCUUACUAAACUCAAAGAUGGUUCAUUAACAGUCGAAGAAUAUGCUCGCUCGCUACUCGAGCGGAUUGAAAAGAGGGACGACGACGUUCAGGCCUGGGCAUAUCUAAACCCUGAAUAUGUCAUCCAACAAGCAAAGCAACUCGACUCCUUACCACCGGAAGAGCGAGGUCCUUUACAUGGAGUGGCCGUUGCAGUCAAGGAUAUCAUGUAUACCAAAGACAUGCCAACUCAGCACAAUUCUCCAAUAUACGAAGGAGAUGACCCAAAGCUCGAUGCCGCGUCUAUCAUUACAUUACGCCAUGCCGGCGCAUUGAUUCUUGGCAAAUCAACUACGACGGAAUUCGCGUCAAUUACAACUGGUCCGAAAACAAGGAACCCUCAUGACACGACACGCACCCCUGGUGGCUCAUCUUCUGGAUCUGCAGCUGCUGUGGGAGACUUUCAGGCACCUAUCGGGUUGGGAACGCAGACUGGAGGAAGCACAAUUCGCCCAGGUUCAUUCAACGGUAUCUAUGCUUUCAAACCCACAUGGAACUCUAUCAGUCGGGAGGGUCUGAAGGUGUACUCUCUUAUCCUCGACACGAUCGGGUUUUUCUCUCGAAGUGUUGAUGACCUUCAAUUGCUUGCCGAUGUCUUCGAGCUCGAGGAUGAUGUGCCUCCGCACAAUGACUUCUCUAUUAAGGGGUCAAAAUUCGCUGUUCUGAAGACGAUGGUAUGGCCACAAGCGGGUCCCGGUACCGUUGCUGCAUUAGAUGCUGGGGCAAAACUGUUGAGAGACCAUGGGGCAGACGUUGAAGAGAUUGAAUUGCCUCCUGAGUUUGAAAAGUUGCCGGAAUGGCAUGGCAUAGUGCUACGCAGCGACGGGCGACCAACCUUUUUACCCGAGUACCGCGUUUCCAAGGACAAGCUAGCGGGCGUGUUAGUUGGCCACGUUGAAAAUGAGUACCAGAUAUCGCGGGCCGCUCAGCUCGAGGCAUUUGACGGCAUCGCUUCUCUAAGACCUAAGAUUGAUGAGAUCGCCGGCAAGUACGCUGCCAUUCUUACACCAAGCGUGGUAGAUGAAGCCCCUGUAGGUAGGGAAACCACCGGAAGUCCAGCAUUCAAUGCCAUUUGGACGGCCCUUCAUACACCUGUCACGAACAUUCCGGGCUUCAAGGGGGAGAACGGGUUGCCAGUGGGCUUAUCGUUAAUUGCACCGAGAUAUCAUGAUAGACACCUUCUUGAAGUCUCUAAAGUUGUAGGGGAGAUAUUUGAAGCUGAAGGCGGAUGGACACGGCAAGUAUACCAAUGA